AUGCCGGAUGAAAACUCUGCUUCGCAAGCAGCUGAAACUGCCGAAGAAGAAAUCGAGUCGGACAAGGAGGCAGCGCCAACUCCGGUAGCCCCUGAAGUUGUACCCUCUACGGCCCCUCCCUCACGGCUCGCGAUUCAGCGAUUGCGUCUUGAAAACUUCAAGAGCUAUGGCGGGUGCAUUGAUGUAGGCCCAUUCCACAAGAGCUUCUCAGCUAUUGUCGGUCCAAAUGGGUCGGGUAAGAGCAACGUCAUCGACGCGAUGCUUUUCGUUUUUGGGCGACGUGCGAAGCAGCUUCGUCACUCAAAGCUUUCUGAACUGUUGCAUAAUUCGAGCGCCUAUCCUAAGGUCCAGUCCGCGACUGUGACCGUUUACUUUCAUGAAAUCAUCGAUACGGGCGAUGGUGAGCUUGACUACGAAGUCGUUUCUGGUUCUGAAAUUGCAGUUGGAAGGACUGCGUUUCGGAACAAUACCUCGAAGUACUACCUCAAUGGAAAGGAAGUGAAAAUGGGAAGGGUUGUUGAGCUGCUCAAGUCGAAAGGUGUCGACCUUGACAAUAACCGCUUUCUCAUUCUUCAAGGUGAGGUCGAGCAAAUUGCGAUGAUGAAACCUAAGGCCGUAUCUGCGCAUGAUGACGGCCUUUUGGAAUAUUUGGAAGAUAUAAUAGGGUCGAACAGGCACAUUGAAGCCAUCGGAGAGAGUGCCAGGCAGAUGGAAAGUCUCAACGAGGAACGAGGGCAUAAAAUGAAUCGCGUCAAGGCUGCUGAGAAGGAGCGCGACGCCCUCGAGAAAGCAAAAGUUGAAGCAGAGGACUACCUAGAUAAGGAAAGACAGCUUUUAACAAAGAAGCUCAAGCUGAAUAGUGCAAGGCAUCAAGAUGUGGCCAUGUCCUUCAAGUCGAACAGUGAAAAGCUUGCCGAGGCGACUGAGAAAUACGAAGCGUUCAGAAAUGAUGUGAAAGAGAAAGAAGUGGGGCUCAAAGAACUCGAGAAAACUUUCAAAGAGACGCAAAAGAGUGCGGACGUUGCCAUUAAGACCAUGAAUGAGGCCAAAGAUAAUUACUCUGCAUAUGAGAGGAAGGAUAUCAAGCUGCGCGAAGACAUCAAGGCUUUGAAAGCGAAAGAGAAAAAGCUAAAGGCCGCCAAAGAAACCGAGCCUAUUCGACAGCGCCUAGAGGAGAAACAGCUGGAGUUGUUGCCAUUUUCGGAAGAAGUGAAUAAGUGUCGAAAGGACUUGGAAGUAAAUCAGUCAGAGCUCAAAUUCUUGACCGAAAAGCUACAGGCUCCAAGCAAAAACCUUUCAGAAGCAACCGCCUCGCUUGGGCGCAUAGAAGAGGAAUACCAUACCGCACGGGAAACUCUAACCUGUCUGGAAACGGAGAGAGGUCAAAUCGAGCAAACUAUACCUGGUCAAAAGCAUGCUGUUAUAGAGAAGGAAGCGAUUGUAGGCGACUUGUCGUCAUCUUGGUCUACAAUGAGAAAGCGUGUGGAAGAAGCACGAUCAGCAAAUGAUGAUCUCAAGACGCGCUCUAGAUUACACGCUGGUAUUCUUUCCGCGUCUCGAAAUGGUGAGCUACAGGGAGUAGUGGGGCGCUUGGGAGAUCUUGCGACCGUGGAGCCCAAGUAUGCAGCUGCCGUCGGCGCUGCAGCUGGGUCGAACCUCGAUUGCAUUGUCGUUCAGAGUGCUGAAAAUGCACAAGCAUGCAUUCAGUUUCUUCGUCGGAAGAACUUGGGACGGGCGACCUUUGUCAUUCUGGACAAAAUCAUGUACUUACGUGCACAGAUGCAAGGAUGGGGUUCUUCUCCUCGCCGAGCUGAUGGUCCUCGUCUCUUCGAUUUCCUCCAAAUCGCAGACACUGAACACUGCACAGCAAUGUAUUAUUCGCUUCGGGACACACUCGUGGCAGACUCUUUAGAGAGUGCACGACGAAUGGCGUUUAAACCAACUAGACAAAAUCGCGUCGUCAGUCUUCAGGGGGAACUUAUCGAGUCAUCUGGGGCUAUGACUGGGGGUGGCAGGGGGCCUUCCCGGUACAGGCUGGGGUCAGGAAACGCGAACAGUUCUCACCUAGAUCAAAGAGAGCUGCAAAAUCUUGUGCAAAGAAUGGACUCGGCAAAAGAGCAAAUCGAAGCGCAGACAAAAACAUGUCAAGACACUAAACGAAAAGGACAGUUGGAAAAGUCAGUUGAGUCUAGCGAGAAGUUGCUCGAGAAGGCCCUCGCUGCCUGCGAAGGACUGGAGGCCGAAAUAACUUCGCUUCAAGAGCAAAUAGUUGCUUCAGGGGGUUCGUCACUCCAGAACGCAAAGGAGGCCGUUGAGAAGUGUCAUUCCGAAAUUGCCGAUUUAACCAGCGUUGCUUCGCGCACGUCGUCAAGAGCGGCGGCAGCCAAAAAAGCAAGCGAAAAGGCCCGUGAGGCAACUGCGGCCGCUGAAGAAGCGAUCACGUCUACUCAGGAAAGCAUCGCCGAGGCUCGGAGACAGAGCGAGGAAAUGCUUGACGACGCUGAAGUCGUGCUGCGGAAGUAUCAAGAUACCGAAGUGGUUCAUAAAGAGUGGGAGGAGAAAGUGGCAAAGAUACAGGCUGAAUAUUCGGAGGUGAAGAAUGGAUUGAAGCAGGUCAGAAGGAAGGAGGUAUCUCUAUCAGAGGCCCUUCAGGAUGUAAAGCGUGUAGCAGCGCAUGACAAGCAGGAACUUCGUAUCCUGCAGAAGAAGGAGCAAAAUAUGAAGGCCAGGCUGAGGAAGCUCUCUCUGGUCUCUGUGGACAUGCAAGUAGCAGCCGACAGCGCAGAUGCUGAAGAAAAAGAUGUCGAAGAGACACAAAAAAAGAGUAAUGAAAAAGAGAAUUUGGUUGAAGAACGUGAGGAGUUGAAAAUGUCAGCGCAGGAUCAAAAGCAAUUGUCGAUGGAAAUCACAGUAUUGGAAAGUGAGCUUUCAAAGCUGAGUCCGAACAUCGGGGCAAUCGCGGAAUAUCAAAGCAAAGAUGCGGAGUAUAAGUCGCAAGUGAAUGAACUAGACGCGCUGACAGCCAACCGAGAUAAUGCGCGCAAGCAGUGCGACUCGCUUCGAAAGAUGAGGUUGGAUGAAUUCAUGGCCGGGUUCAGUGUCAUCACGUUGAAGUUGAAGGAACUUUACCAGAUGAUCACGCUUGGCGGUGAUGCUGAACUUGAGCUGGUGGACUCUCUCGACCCCUUUUCGGAAGGAAUUGUGUUCUCUGUUAGGCCACCGAAGAAGAGCUGGAAGAAUAUCUCCAAUCUAAGUGGAGGUGAAAAGACCUUGAGCUCUCUUGCUCUGGUAUUUGCUCUGCACCAUUUCAAACCAACACCUUUGUACUUCCUUGACGAGAUUGACGCGGCACUUGACUACAAGAAUGUCAGUAUAGUGGCAAACUAUGUGAAAGAUCGAACUAAGAAUGCGCAGUUUAUUAUUAUUUCUCUUCGCAACAAUAUGUUCGAGCUUGCCGAUCGUCUGGUCGGGAUAUAUAAGACGCACAAUACUACGAAGAGUGUCACGGUAGAUCCCGCUGCAUUCCGAGACGCCAUACGCGGUUUCUCAUUGUCAGAGCCGAGGCAAAUUAAAUUUCUGCGUGCAGCGCAAAAUCACUUGCCACUGAUUCACAACGAUUCCUUGCUCACACUGUCAAGAUGGAUGUCAUGA